GAUUGAACUUGACCCAUGAAACUAUAUAAUAAAACCCAAGAUAGUUUUAAUUUAAUUCUGCUUCAGAAAUCCCUGCGUGAAGAAGAAAUCACUGUGUGUGAUUCAAUUGCAUCGGUUUCUUCAAUUCCAGCACCGCAUCAUAAGCAGUUGUUGUUUCGGAAACACAAGAUGAAUUCUGGUGGGUACGCUGUUGAGGUUACGGGUCUCUCGCCAAAAGCCACGGACAAGGAUGUUCGUGACUUCUUUGCUUUCUCCGGUGUCAUUGAGAAUGUUGAAAUUAUCAGGUCUGGUGAUUAUGCUUGUACCGCUUAUGUGACAUUCAAAGAUGCAUAUGCUCAAGAAACUGCAUGCUUGCUCAGUGGAGCCACUAUUUUAGAUCAACGUGUAUGCAUAACACGCUGGGGACACUAUGAAGAUGAAUUUGAUUUUUGGAACCAGCCUUCGUAUAGUCAUGAGGAUGAGACUGCUUCAACUACACCACAAAGCAAUCAAUUUGUUUCCUCUGCUGGAGAAGCAGUUACCAUGGCUCAAGAAGUUGUUAGGACCAUGCUGUCAAAGGGAUAUGUUCUCAGCAAGGAUGCACUAGCUAAGGCUAAAGACUUUGACGAGUCUCAUCAGGUUUCCGCCACUGCAACAGCGAAGGUUUCUGAACUGAGCCAGAGAAUUGGCCUAUCAGAUAAGAUAUCUGCAGGUAUUGGAGCUGUUAAAUCUGUGGAUCAGAGAUAUAAUGUCUCUGAAACAACCAUGGCGGCUGCAUCCACAGCAGGAAGAUCGGUAGCAGCGGCUGCAAACUCUUUGGUAAAUAGCAGCUAUUUUUCAAAAGGAGCCUUGUGGGUGUCAGGUGCUCUAACCCGAGCAGCUCAGGUUGCUUCUGAUAUGGGUACUCACAGGGAUAGGCAGUAAAUAAAGCAUUGACAUGAUUAAACACUAUCUUUUAGAUAUGUCUGCUUCUGCUAAAUAGCUUUUGAAACUUCAGUUAGCAAUAUUAUUAUACUUUUACAAUACAUAAAUCCUGUUUGGAUAAUUUUUUGGAUAAACACUUAUAGAAGUAAGGUAAAAUGAAUUGAGCUUCUCUCGUAAGUUAAAAUCAACUUAUGCACUUAACUUUUAUAAAAGAUUUUUCAUUUAACUUUUCUGAAGGCCGAAGUACAUAAGUUGAUUUUAGUUUAUGAGAAAAUCACAUUUCAUUUUACUUUCUUGUAAGUAUUUAUAGAGAAAUUUAUCUUAACAGGAUCAUAGUGCAUGUAAUUAUGAAUAAAUCUAGUGUAUGCCCAGACAGGAUUGAACUAUGAAACCCGUGCUAUUUCUACCACUGAACUAUUAUCCUGAUUCCAAACUUUACAGUACGUCGCGGUAGUAGUCAGUAAGGGGCUGAGAUUGGUACAUUGAAAUCAUUAUGAUUUGUUAAAAGGAUAGAAAUUUUAUACAACACCACAAUGUAUUAUGUCAACGUGUUACUAGAGUAAUAUUUUUUGCGUAUC